AUGGCACCUGCUAGGCUGCUCUAUUCUUCUUGUUCCUUGGAGAAGACUCUUCUGUGCAGCUGUUCCUUCUAUGGCACCCCCACACCCUCCGUGCAGUGGUGGAUGGGAGGGGCUCCCGUGGGUGCGAACAGUGUGGAUAGCAGUGUCCACGUGACUUCCACCAUAAUCGCCCCCUGGGCCAACAGCACCAUCAGCCUGACAGAGCAGCCAAAAAUGAGCACAAGCCUCCUCUGUGAGGGGAAGAACCAGAAUGGAACCCAUGCUUUGAGCACCCUACUGAUGCCAAGAAAGAGUUCUUUUCUUCCCCAGACUUUCAUGAAAGGGUUGAUCCAGGGUGUUGUCUAUGGAGCCACUGCAGCCUCACUGCUGUUUUUCUGCCUCAUCCCACUCAUGGUGAAACAUAUCAGAAUGAAGCUGGCAAAGAAAAUUGCAGCGGUCAGAGCAGAAAAGAGCCCAAAAGUCAGAGCAUGCCAAGAACCCAAGCUGUCUCUGAAGCCUAGGCCAGAAAAAUCCACAAUCACUCCAUCUUCAGAGAGUGAGGUAUUGGUGGGUACCCACUGCGUCUGGAGUCUAGACUCUCAGCAUAAUGGCAUUCACACAUUCCGCAAAAAUAUAAGCAUCCACCUUGUGCCGGGUAGUGGAGUGAACCAGACAGACACUGGCCCUGCCUCCGUGGAGCUCGUGGUCCACACAGUACUGGCUUGA